GUUUGGCUCUCUGUCAUAUGACUUCCAUUUCCUGGUACAGUCGAGUCAUCUUCAUCACAAGCAUCGCUCACUGAACUGAGAGCGUCCUCGGCGACUGUUGUCCCUGUCUCUUUGGUGACUGACCCUCCAACUAGCCAGCGAAAAUGUCAUCAUUUGCUGCAUUGAUUUUGUUCUUUUCUUUUGGAUUUGUGCUCCAGAUGUCACAUGGCAUUGAGGUGAAUGUCACAAAGGACGACAAGUUAUGCCUGUAUGCCAAUCUACUGCUCAAUUUCUCAGUGUCCUACAGUACAGUAGACAAUAAGAGUGAAAUGGCUGUCUUUGAACUUCCUGCCAAUGCUGCAUCAGAUGAUAGUAAAUGUGAUGCCAAAAACUCAACCCUUAAGCUUAAGUUUGGAGAAGGACAUUCCUGGACUGUGACUUUUUCCUUGAAUGAAAAAAAUUAUCAGGCAGACCUUGUAACCUUCAUCUACAAUCUCAGUGACUCCACCUUCUUCCCAAAUUCUUCAUCAAACGAAACCGUAACUGUCACCAAGAAGCCUGAAAUAACAAAUGUUGGCUUGGACACUUGCUACUCUUGCAAAAGUAAAGACAUGAUGCAAGUUGAAAAGGUCAACAUGACUCUGUGGAACAUGCUUGUACAGGCUUUUGUCAUUAAUGGAAGCAAGAGUGAGAACAUAACCUCUUGUGCUGCUGACAACCCCACAACUCCUGCUGCCCCCACCACCACUCCUGUCACCAGUACGACCUCUGCAGCGCCUGUCACAAACACCACCUCCACUUCUCCUCCUCCAACCAGCACCCCAACACCCACCCUCCCUACACCCAACAUUGGAAACUACAGCCUCGGGUCUGGUGAGAACACCACGGCCUGUCUGUUGGCCAACUUUGGCUUGCAGAUUGGUUUCACACAACAGAAAUAUCAAGAAGCAAACUUUAAUCCCAGUGGAGUCAACGCCUCUGGAUUUUGUGGAGGGAACAGCAGUGAGCUUUUGUUGGUGUCUGAAGAAAUCACUGUAAAGCUCACUUUUGUUGCUGAUGCAAAGAAAUUCCGCCUUCAUGCCCUGAACGUCACCGUAAACACAAGCUCUGGUUUGUUUGUUGAGGGAAACAGCAACUUGAGUCUGUGGGAGGCAGCUGUGGGCAGUUCCUACAUGUGCAACAAGGAGCAGAACUACACCAUCAACAGCCUGCUCUCCAUCUACACCUUCAACCUGCAUGUGCAGCCAUUUGAAGUGAAGAAGGGUCUGUUCAGUACAGCCCAUGAAUGUUCAUUGGAUGACACCAGCAUCUUAAUCCCAAUCAUUGUUGGCGCUGCACUGGCUGGCUUGAUUCUCAUUGUAGUGAUCGCUUACGUGAUUGGUCGAAGAAAGACCUAUGUUGGAUAUCAGACCCUUUAAAUCCAGUUUGCAGUUGUUCUUGAAUUGUCAUGGGGUUUCCAAGCCUGGUCCUUGGGCUUUAUGCAUAGUUGUUUAAAUUGGCAAAUAAAAAUCAAUGAAAAAAUUUCUAAUGUGAAAACAAGAUGUCAUGAAAAAAGACAAUCGUCAUAAAAUGGCUUUGAAAUGAUUGAUAAUUAUGAGACAUAAACUGCAUUUGUCAUAAGGGUUUUUAAUCAUGUUUAACGAGGGUAAAAUCAGUGUGAAGAUGUUUUUUUUUUCUACUCAAGGACCAAACUUGUCUUAACCCCUGUGUUUGUUUUUGUUUCCCUGAAUGUUUCGUCUAUCCCCAUUUGUUUUGCUUUUUGUUAAUGGGCAAGUGCAAGAUCCUCAGAAAAAAAAAAAAACUCCAAUUUAUACAGUUACCUUAGAGGCAAUGUUCAGCGAGCAGUGUGUUUAGGUGCAGGUAGAGUUAUCCCCUGACAUCUACAAAAGCCUCUGGGCCAUAAGUUGUGCAUAUUAUUAGCACAAGAUUUGCAACCAUUUAAACUUGUUGCAGUGGGAUCAGGCACUCGCUCAGCAAACAUUCCCAUCUUUGUUUGCCUUUUAGUUGUUGCAUAAUCUUUCAGCAUAUUUAUGAUUUGAAUUACCAUUCCCAUAAUUAGGACAUAAUUGAAUGUUUCAACUACAUUUUCCGUCAAAAGUUAAAGCAAAAUGGUCAAGAAGCUUUCAUGUCUAUUUUGUUUUGAAUAAUUGUUGAAAAUAAUAUGUAUUAGCCCGUGUUUGCGCCUGUAGAUCAGGAGAAACAUUGGAAUUAUUUGGCUUCGAUCAUAUUAUGAGUGUGAAAUCAGAUUUUGUGUUUUGUAGCAAACCAACUUCACCAGGUUAAGUUUGAGCCCAGAUUGAACUGAUCAUUUUAUUGGCUCUUUUAUAUUUCAAGUAUGAAAGCCUGGAGCUUACUGAACUCCUGUGAUGAAGCCAUCGUUAGUGUGAUUCAUUUCACCUGUGCAUAUUCUGCUUUUGCAUUUGCACACACUCCAAUUCUGCAAGAAAUACGCUUGAAUUUUUUGUUUUUUUUUUGUUGUUUGUUUGGUUUUUUCAGAAUAGAUUUGGCAUUAAGUUUAGAAAAGGGAUAGUACUAUUGUGUAUAUUCUUUCAGCACAGACAAUGCUGAAAAUGAUGCUAGUUACAUAUAAAUGCACUAAGACAUGAUUUGCUUGUUAUCAAGUGAUCUCACCAGUCUACAGGUCUGGGUUUAGACUUUCUCUGUGUGCAGCAGUUGAGUGAGGGGACAUUAAAGCUCAUGAAAACUUUGUUUCACUUUAGAAUUGUAAAAUUCAGACACAGUUUAGAGCUCUGACUGAAAAUAUGCUAAAAAGUUAACCACUAGAUUACUUUGAUGUGUUUUGAACUUUUUUUACAUCUUUGAAGAGAGUUGGAUGAGACUAAUGCUCUUUGUAGUUUAAUAUGAAGCUACAGCAAGGAGAUGCUUUACUUUUGCUCGGCACAGAGACUGGAAACAAGAGGGAACAGCUACAGUAGCUUAGCUUUGUUUUUUUUUCCAAAAAUUAAAGAAAAUUAACCCCUCUGUAUUUGUACAAAAUUUGUCCAUGUUACCAGCUCUCUUGAAGAAAGUACAAACCCCAAAAUGCCAUCCCAUUCCUUUACAAGCUUAGUCUCCUCAGGACCAUGCGGCUGAGGUUUUCCAUCUGAUUUUCAGCACCACAAGCAAACAACCCAACAACUAUCUGCAGAUUUUGAUGGACUGACAGUCAGUGCACCAGUGGAUGUGGUAUAAUCUCAUCCAGCUAGUUGCAGAAAGUUUUUUUUUUAAUGUAAGGCUUGAAAAAGGUUUUCUGGGCCUAUUUCAAUAGAGCAGUGUCAGGGAUAGGCAGUCACUAGUAAUGAUAGAAGGCACAUGUGACACGGUUAAUGUUUUGUGUUGAUUAUAGUAGAGUGCUGUGUAUUGUUUGCACUGGUCCAGCUCUUGGCAACAGGAAAUGUUUGCAUUUUUAAGCUGAUGACAAAAUUUGCUUUCACAGGUCUUUGUACAUGUAUGAAAAUCUCUCAAUCAGAUAUGAGCUUUCAUUCUUUUUUUUUUUUUUGCUUGUGAUUGUUGCUGUCUUGUGUAUUACAGCUUUGUACAAACUCAUUUGCCUUAAUUAUGACAAUGGUUUUGCAGCACCCACCAGUAUAAAGGUUUUUAUGAGACUUUGUUCAGUUUCUCCUUUCCUAUGCUCAUUUGACAGGUUUGCCACCAUGACUUGACAACACAGUAAUAUUUCUCUUCUUUUGUACAUCAGUAACUCACUGAUGCAGGUGUGAUUAUUUAAUUCUCCUUCACUUGUGGAGAAAAUUGCACAAAUGUUCAACAAAGGGAAUCUGUGCUGCAAAACCAUCUGUUAGUCUGUUAUGUGGAGAAAAAUGACUUAAUGAAUGAAUUAAUCUGCAUUCUUUCAUGCUGUUAGUUAUAAUAAAUUGGAUUUCAAAUUG